AUCACCAAACAUUGUAAGAGCCAAGAGUAGACCUCACCAUCAACUCAGUCAAAGCGCAUUCCGCCGCCGGGCCGUCAACGGCCUGCGAGGAAGAUGCUGUUUCACUUUAUAAAGUCGGCUCCCUGAUAUGCAUUACCCGAACCAUUUGAACUACUAUCGUUUCGUCCGUACUAAGAAAUUCGACCGGUGUUCAUAAUGGCAGCCAAGGCAGUUCUAAGGGCCGAAUCUGAUGAAGGUGUCACUCACCAACUAUGUUCUUGGGUAGACGGUCUGACGCUGGAUGAUAUCCCCGAGGACCUGAAGACUCGCGCCAAAUACCUCAUGCUAGAUGGCUUUGGGUGUGCUAUUGUAGGGGCCCAUUUACCGUGGACCGAGAAAGCCGUGAGCAUCGUUCUGGAUAUGGAACCGGCUGGUGACUGUCUUGUGUGGGGAUACGGCAAGAAAAUCGGACCACUACCCGCAGCUCUUCUCAACAGCACCGAAGUGCAAUCGUUUGAGUUGGAUGAUUGGCAUUCGCUCGCCCCGGUGCAUGCUAAUUCCAUCAUGCUGCCUGCUCUACUCGCUGCAGCAUCUCAACAGAAAGCCCGUGGAAACGCAGUAGUCACCGGUUCGAAUCUACUAUUGUCGACCAUCGUCGGAUACGAGGUCGGACCACGAGUCGGGCUCUGUCUGUAUGGAAGCCACAUGCUGACCAGAGGAUGGCAUUCGGGACCGAUCUUCGGCCAUGCGGCCUGUGCUGCAUCUGUUGGGAAACUGCUGGAUCUAUCAACUGAAGCAAUUGAGGACGCGGUCGGUAUUGCCUGCACGCAGGCAUGUGGGCUAAUGUCAGCGCAAUUCAGCAGUGAGGCAAAGCGCAUGCAACAUGGGUUCGCAGCUAGAAAUGGUCUCUUCGCCGCUCUGUUGGCCAAGGGCGGGUAUUCUGGGAUCAAACGCGUCUUUGAGGAGCCAUACGGGGGAUUCCUCAGUGCGUUCGGAGAGGGAUCUGGUAAAGAACCACCGUAUCUGGCAGACGAGCUCGUCAAGGGCCUUGGUAAGACAUGGCAAACAGAGGCAAUUCGAGUAAAGCCACACGCCUCGAUGGCAGGGACUCAUUGCACAAUUGAUACCGUGGCAGGGCUGCAGAAGGAUCAUCCAGAGGAGCUUGAAAACUUGACUUCAAUCGUUAAUAUUAAGAUCGAGAUGUCGGAGGCAGCUUUCAAGCACGGCGGAUGGACGGCUACACGACCGCUGACGGCAACGGGGGCUCAGAUGAGCUGCGCGUAUGUGGCUGCUACUCAGCUGGUGGAUGGUCAAGUCCUCCCGCAGCAAUUCCAUCGUGAUCUCUUGAAUCGGGAUUCUAUAUGGAAGCUUGUGGAGAGGACUGAAUGCCACUAUACACCAGAGCUUGGUCAAAAAUUCGAACAACGCGUCACGAUCACAUUCAACGAUGGUAGCAGUAUCUCAAAGACGCUGGACGCACCCACUGGUGUCGAUCCCCCAUUGUCAAACGAAGAGAUCUUGACCAAGUUUCGCACUUUCACUCGGGGUUUAAUCGAUAACAAGCGACAAGAGGCCAUUGAGAAACUGGUUCUGGGAUUGGAGGAUCUUGCCGAUGUUUCUGUUUUAGACGAAGUUCUCGCUGGUUUGACGCUUGAUCCAAUUGCUUAAUCCUAGAUAAAAACAUUCUUGGUCUGUUAUAUAGUGAUGAGGGGGGACUAUUCCGGGGAUGCAAUAUCGAGUAGCUUCAGAAAUUGUGAUAACUCGGACGCUGUCGGUCUUG